AUGGCCCUGAACCCCAGCGCUGUGGGGAAAAGGGACUCAGAAUGCGCUAAGAUGGACGAUCCUCAGCCGGAUGGUGGCGAACCCCCGAAGAAUUCAUCCGCCACCUCGGCCACAGCCAACCAAAAUGGCGAUCAGCCUGGAUGUGGAGACGGUGUAAUGCCCGAACAAGAAGCCCCUGAGCGGCGGAGGAGCGUGCAGGCAGACGCCCGGAGCUUUAGCAGUUCUCCCUUGCCGGGCCAGAGACUGAAUGAGGAGCUGCCACGGAAAAAUUUUCAAAUUCCGAGGAAGAUACGAGAACGGAAAGGUGGUGCCAUAUCCCUGCAGUUUUCAACAGAGCCUGUCCUGUCUUUCAUACGUUAAUUCUCCUGUGCAUGUUGCUAGCGUGCUAGCUAGCCAACUUGCUGUUCCCGUCAGUUUAACGAGUUUAAAACUGUGUUCACCGACGGUUCGGAUUCAAGUUAAAUCAUUGUAACGCGGUGGAAGUACAUGAGCAGUCUUUCGUGCUACGGUGUGAGUUGUUUUAGCAGACAUAGCUGUAGUAGUAAUGCCCAGGUAUCCAAGUAAUAGUUGCUGUGAAGGCGCCUAAAAGCAGCACUGUGAGGGUCAUCGUGUGAAAGCCCACUCUUGGUUUGUCUCUUGAGUCCUUCUUUUAACGCGGGUAGCUUUAUUGUCUUGACAGGAGUGUGUUGCAGCCACCACCUGACGCGAUUUGUUUCUCAUUGACCUCAGUGAAGGACAUGGAUGUACCCAACUCACUUGUCUGAAAUGUUCUCACUAUAGUGAAGUCCAAGCAAGGCUGCCCACUUCUUGUCUCAGUGUGUGGUACCCCAGAGCAUCCCUUGUCCACCUCACCCCAAUACAUCUCAGAGCAGGAUACUCCCCGACUCAGCCCCUCCUCAUGUAUUCACAAGGCAAUGAUACCUUCAGCACAGUGGCACACAGAUAGUAGUUUCAACAAACCUUGUUAAGUUAUAUCAAGUUUUUGUAUGUAUGCAAAAUGAGCUCAAGCUGCUUGACUUUAAUCCUUAGCAUCUGAUAAACAGCCCCAGGAGAUCAAUGUUUCCCCUCAGCAGGUUGCACAUGUCGCCUUUAAGUUGUCUUUCUGCCCAAAGAAGUGUGAGACAAACUUGGCUGUGUGUGCACUUUAUUGGCCUUUCUCCAGUGUUCACGCUUUGACCUCCCGAGGGAUGUUUACUACUUUGUUACCCCUCAGCUUAAUGCUAAUCAAGCUCCAUCUGGGUUGUCUGUAGUCAGCUAGCGGUGGUUUCACUUCUUUGAAUGUUUGUAGAUUGACAAAACAAACCUUAUGUAGCUAAAGACAGAUAGAAGGUUCAGUCCCCUGUACAGUGCUUUUGGUCUGCGUUUUAACAACCGUAAUACAUUUUAAAACACAUUUCACUUCUUAAACACGGGGAAUAAUUUGAUGCUGCUGGUUUACUGCCACCCCACAGACCUGGACUAAACAUACACAAAGAACUGUUGCCUGAAAGCACCACUUUAUUCCUUACCCAACGUCUUGUAAGACAGAACAUGUGACUUUGUUAUUGAGCUCAAGUGUAAACACUGGAUGGUGUGCUGCUCUUUAUAUCUUCCUCUGCACCAGGUGCUACAUGCUAAACUCCUAUUUCCCUCUGUGUAUGCAGGCUUGUACCACUAUCUGCCCCCUGACAGCCGGGAGUUUGAGGAUCUUGUGAAGCUUGUUUCUACUUUUUACCUGGACGCAUCAUCUCGGGGGUCUUUCUCUUACUGCAAAGCCAGGCUUAUACACAAUGAGCUGCUGGAGAAGGAGGUUUGUUAUCGUCACUUUGUAGCCUACACAGGUCUCAUUGUUGAAUAUUUUUAUACUUUGCCACGGAGGUACGAGUUUUAUCAAGUUCAGACUGCUGUGUCUAAGUUUCUGUCUACCAUCCUUAUCUUCUAGUUCAUUGAGAAGCGGAGAGAGAUGAAGCAAGAGGGGCGGACAGAGCAAGAACUGACUGAGUCCUACUGCUUCCUUUAUCCAGACAAAUCAAAGGUAUAGAUGAUGAACGAGUUAUUAGCGUUAUAUUCUCUCUUUAUUUGUUUGUUUACAUCUUUCUGACCCGCCUUUGUUUUUGUGUGUGUAUAUAGCUCAUGUUGAUCUGUGAGAAGGGACUGAUGGUUGGACACUCCAGGAUCACAACACUAGGGAAUCCAUCAGUCGGUAAGAUCCUGUCCAGCAUGUUGCUAGGCACUUGCAGAAUAAUUAGUUCUAAGUGUCGCAGGAUGCUGCUCUUCUAACUAACUUUUUUUGUCUUUUCAGGUGUUUAUCUCUCCAAAUACUCAGAUCUGUUACAAAUCAAUCCUUUGGAUGUGGGCGCUGUUGGAGACAUCAUUGUUUUUAAAGUUAUGCGGGUGAGGCUACCAUUCUACUCCCAAAUUCUGAUGUUCACAGAAUUUUCAUCCCUCCUGGACUCAAAUCUCACUCGUCUGUUUUUUGUCUUUCAGGGUCGAAUCAAGCACAUCCAUGAGAACAUGCCUAAGAACGCUAUCGAGCCUACACCCAAGUCUGACUGUCACCUGGCCAGAAGUGCCAACAGGGUUACGUCUUUGCUUUCUUACAGAGCUUUUGAGCUCACACAGGUAAACACCGGCUGUUCAAUCAUGUAUAAACAUAAACCUGUUUUCUCAUAUCAAAGCGACACGACACGCUCUUAUAUUUCUUUGAGUUUAUCUGCGAGUUUUAAUGUGCGGUUCUCGCUGUCUUUCAGCAAUAUUUUUUCGAGUUCGCAUUUGAAGAGAUCAAGGCACGGCCUCGACACGUCUGCCCCUACGCUGUGGUUUCCUUUCAGUACAAAGGCAAGGAAGCGGCGGUGGCUCCUAUGACUGCACACAGGUACACAUAUUCCUGCAGGAAAUGUUGAAAAUCAGCGAGUGUCUUUGUUUCGGUUUGAUGCUGGCACCUUCAAAGUUUUCAGUUUUUGUUAACAAGACUUGUAUCUCUCUCCUUGACAGAUUCAACACUAUUUCCACUGAAGGGAGUAAAGGUAAAAUACUUUUCUGUUGUGUAUUUGAGGAGGAGGAGGAGGACACAUAAGUCUGCCUUGUGUUUUGAAUUAGUUUUACUCACUGUUACGACUUUGUUUAACUAAUUACAGACUUGCGUGUAAUGUUUCAUAAUACUCAUUAGGCACAUAUUAGAGAAGAGUAUCUCAUGAUCUGCUUCUCCUAAAUUGUCUCAUUUUGCAAAAGUUAUGCAUUUGACAAGUUUCAGGAACAUGUAAUCAGCUCUGAGAACUUAAGAGCCUGUUUUUUCUUUGUAUCAUGUUGACGUUUGCAGUUGGUCUUCUUGCAGGAAAAAGCUGCUACACUGUGUGGAACGGUCCGCUUCUAAACAAGGGCCAGGAGUUAUUCCCCAUCUCUUUACGAUCUUCCUCGCGCCCCUACCUUCCUUUCAAACUGUAAGUUAACAUACAGUCUCCUGUAAAAUUCUGCAAAUCUGCUGAAAUAAUUUCAUUGAUAGACGACUUAGCUUAAGAAAUAUUUAUUUAGUGAAGUUAGGACAUGUCUGGAAGGAGUUAGAAAAAAAAACCAGAAUGUUCUAGCAGUAAAUUUCAGUUGAUAUAGUUUCAAACCCUCCUUAAUAAAUCAUCCAUAUAUCCCCCUGCAGACCUGAGAAGCUGGAAAUGAAUCGAGGCAUGCAGCUGGAUCAGGUAAAGCGAAAGAUUCACCCUGUGCUUUUCUCUUGGGACACCUACAGCGCAUCACGGGAAGGUCAGUCCAAGACUCAUAUGUCUAUCUCAUAAUUAAAUAAUAGAAGAAUGUCCUGAGGAUGUUGAAUAUAAUGCAUUUUAAAUCAAAUCGUAAAUAUAAAUGCAUACCCUGCUUUGCAAGACGCUAUCUCACGUAAUUUCAAACAGAACAAUUGCAAUAUUUUCGAAGUACAAGUGAGCUUAGAGGGAAAAAUAAAAAUUGACUCCAGAGAUGGGUCAUGGGUCAGCUUUCCAACUCGCUUUCCUUUCUAUUGUGCGCAGUGAUGAAGUGUGGGAUGUCCUGCAGCCUGUUUGAGGUGGUGGAUGGGAAGGGCAAAGCAACCAGCGGCAGCUUGGCAGCGCUGGUCCACAAACUGGAGAGGGACAGGAUGGUGAGUCACUGGAGCUGUUACCUACCAGGUUCUAUACAAACAAUCCCAUGAAGUCACAGGAUCAGUUCACUCAGUUUAAGAAGGAAUAAACUGAUAACUUAAUUUCCAAGAAGUCACUUAGAUUUAUGAAUCAUUAAAAGAGUAAACAAAAGCUGUUAGGAGAAAAUGUGUCAAACUUUCCAGCUAUUUGCUUUGGUUUACUUGCCGUGAGCAACCGUAGUAAACUUGCUAAUGGAGAACAAAUAUGUGCAAACCUGCCCAACUGGACUGAUGUCAUGUUAGGAUAGUUUACUCUGGUCUCUCUAACUGCUGUGUCUGCUCUCCUCCUCAUUCAGGUGCUCGUGAAGUCUUUGUUCGACAGGGGCUUUCUCUUCCUGCUGUCCUCAGCUCAGAUGGUCGAGUCCAAAGGUGCCAAAAAGCUUUUACUCUCCUCUUAUGAUCCGGUGUUGUGUCAGUUGAACACCUACUUGUUCUCCUCGGUGAGGGUUCAGCUUUAAAAGAAAGAGUUUGCUGUUUGUUUUUUUUUUCCAGAGCGGCGGGGGCGGGUGGAGAAGAACCUGCAAGCAUUAUUCAUCUUUCAGGAGUCAAGGAUGGUUGUCAAGUACUGUAAGUAUUAUUCACGAUCUCUCCAUCUCUUUCUUUGACCGAGCCCUUGUGGCAGCAUCUGCAUGAAGCUCCAAGCUUCAAACAAAGAUGGUGGAUAUCAUGGCGCUCUUGUUAUGGUUAUCUAUUGAUUGCUCUUUCUUUUCGAAAUCAAGAGUCUUCCAUGUUUUUACACCAUCUCCUGUCCCUAAACACUAAUAUGGACUAACUGUGAUGUACUUUCCCUUGUAGCAUCAAGACUGUUCGAGCCUGAGCCACUGACCGUGGAGCCCCAGCCUGCGAUCCUCUCCUCCGUGGAGCCCUUCAUCCCUGCGCUGCACUACGCCCUUUUCAAGUUACGCCCCAAUCCAGGGAAGGACCUCAGCACUGGAGUGGAGCGGCAGGCUACAGAAUACUUGACUCGUAUGGAUUCAGGCACGGUGCGGCCGUUCAUUCUGCCUGACUACAAAUAUAACAUAGAUGAACGGACCAUCCCAGUACCCCGACCUAAAUUUAACAUGGACGCUGUGCUGCGUACGUAUGUUCACAACCCUGCAAAUUACAUCCUGCCUCUGAACAAAGCCAAGGACAUCAUUGAGAAAAUAAGGAACCCCACGCCUGUACCCACGCCUGCUCCCGCCCCAGUGGAGUACAGCCCCGUUUCUGACUGGGGCGGCUCGGACAGGGGCUCGGACAGGGCAGAAAGACUCCCAGAGAGGCCACCCCAGGAGAGGCCACCUCCAGAGAGACCACCUCAGGAAAGGCCAGCACAGGAAAAGCCCCGAAGGUCGGGGCCGGCACACUCCAACGGGGCCCAGGUGCAGCACAAGCCCCACGUUGAGUCCCAGCCUCAGCCGCCUCAGAAGCUGCGGCUAUCACAGAAUGAGUACGAUAAAGACAAGAUGAAACAGCUGCUCAAGCUCAUCCAGCUCCAUAAAAAAGCACUUGUGAAGGAUCCUGGGAAGGAGAAGGGAGAGGACGGGGCAUGGGAUGAAAACAGUCUGAAGAGGAAGUUAGAAGGAGACGAGAGGUUGGGCUUGAACAAACGCCAACGGGCGGACGCACUGAGCAACGGGGAGCCCAGUCGAGGUGAGGAGGGCUGCUGUUUAUGUUGUAAUUUAAUUUUCUGUGUGUUGAGAAUUUCCACCUCCUGCCUCGAGAGCCAGUGUCUCCAAAGGACUGAACCUAUUCUUAGCUUCACAACACGGCUCUCUGUAACUCCACCGCAGACGAAUGAGAAAUCACUGCUUUGUAUUUGCACACAGUUUGUAAACUAAUUCACUUAAAAUCUCAGUUUUUAUCUCCACUUUUGAGCGCUGACAUAACUUUACUGUCUCCUUACAUUGCACACAAAAGUUUGAGUCCAAGGACACUAAAGUACUCCAUGCAGCCCAAGUUAAUUGUGCAUAUCUCUCUAGGUACCCAAGCAGAUGAGAUGGGCGAGGAAAGCGGACAGAACGACAAUCUAGCGGCAGUGAUGGAAAGCAUGGGCAUCUACGACACUGACCUGAGGGCUCGAGGAAAUGCCAACACCAACACCUCAGCAGUCAGCGACACCCAGCGACUCCUCAAGAUCCUCCUCGCUACUCUCAACAAAGCCGUGGCGCAGGGCUCGAUGUCCGUGCCGUCGAAUCACGGUGAACCGUCGACAGGUUUAGGGAGGGUGGAGCCUGCUUUCCCUGAACCAGACCUCAGAAAACAAAACGAGCCAGCAGCACUAACAAACUACACAGAGGUGAGAUAUUAGCAGAGAAAUCCAGAGGAGAUGACUUUAUCCCGUGUUAACAUGUACACUGACCUUACAUGCUGGUGUUUUCUCGUUUUAGGAGGACAUGGACUGUAGCCCUGGAAGUCCACUCAGUCCAGGCUCCCCACCAGAGCAAGCUCACACCUCAAACAACCCAACAUGGGUCAACCCAACCAAUGAAGGUUUGAAUCUGGUUCAUCACUCUAAUUAUUAGGGAUAGAGCUGAUCCGAUCCAGUAUCGGUAUCGGGUUCCAAUUCAAAUUAAUUCAUGGAUCAGAAAUUUCCGAUCCAACUUGCGAAAGUUUCCAAUCCAGAAGUCAUGUCUUUGCUUUAACGUUGUCUGCUGAAAUGACUGUACAAGUGAUUCUUACUUGUCAGUCUGUUAGCUGGCUGCAAACUGCGCAAUAGACUUCCUUAACAGAGGUGUGUCUCAAUGAGACAUAGAGAUGAGACACACCUCUGUUCAGGAAAUCAUAUGAACACACACUUGCCUGUAGAGAGGAGUUUAUUACAGCCUCAUAUAAAAUAAACAAUAAUGAUAAUAAUGAUGGUAAAGCUAACAGAGCUCUGCUAUUGGAAUAGUAUUGGCAGAUAUCCAAAUUCAGGAAUCAAGAUCGCAUCGGAUGUGAAAAAAUGUGGAUUGGUGCAUCCCUACUAAUUACUCUUCCAUCUCCUUUCCUUCAGAUAAAGCACAGCCUAUUCCUGAGCCAAAGCCCGAGUCUGAGCCAGAGGCUGUGACCACGGCGAACACCCUCCCGGAGCAGAAGGCGCCAGCACCUGUGGAAGUAAAAAAGGCGACUCCAGCGCCCUUGUUACCUGUACCUGCAGAGGAAGUUCCCUUCAGGCCCUCCAUCAGCUUGGACACGAUACUCAGCCAGGAAAUCCACAGUCUUACUUCGGACAUUAAGAACAUUAUGCAGACUCAUCACAUCUGCUACACGUCAAAGCAGCCGGGGAGGUUGUCCGCACGCCAAUGCUGGCUGCCCAACAGCUGCUUCUCAGACUUUGUCGUCCCCUACGUCUCCCCGGUCCCCAUUCAGGGGCAUGUCAAAGCACUGUGCGAGAAGAUGGACAAGUUGAUCCCGUCCCCACCUGCUCCCCCCAAGGUCACUUCUCCGCCUCCCUCUGUAACAACGUCUAAUCUUACAACACCACCCCCAACCCCGGCCCCGGCCCCUACUCCGACUCCAAAAGUUAAAACAGAGCCCUCCCAGUCCAAGAGCACCACCUCCACCUCCUCCUCUCAGAGUGGCAAAGCGCCCUCCGUUAAAGAGGCGCCUUCAGUGAAGAUCAAAACAGAAGCCCAGUCCACAGAGUUGGGCGGAGAGAUCUAUUCUCCCUCUCAAGUCACCACAGACUCUCCAGAGCGUAACUCCAAAAACGCGGGGGCUGCUUCUGGGAGCGGGUCCGGCCUGCUGGCUGGCAGCCUCAUCGGUCAGCUAAAGCCGGAGGUCUUCAGCAGCCUGGUGGAGAUCUUUAAGGACGUCACCAAGAACACAGUCAAGUUUUACAUCUACUCUGGAGACGAAGGCGAGGAGAGCACUGUCUGCAAGGAGAUUAAGGUACAGAAGGAGGAUCUCAUUUAAGCAGCAGUAGAAUUAACUUUCUCUAAAUUUACAAAAUGUCAGACAGUUCUUUGAAACGGUUCACUCAAAGCCCCAGGUGAUGUCUUCAUCUUUCUUAUCAUUCAAAAGCCUUCAACCUGAAAUGUUUAAUGUGCACGUCUGCGGGGGGAAACAUAUUUGAGACGCCGGGGCUGAGGAUGAAUUAAAUCAUUUAAUUACCAAAAUAUUGAAGCUCCUGCAGGGGUCACCUCUUAAUCUAAGAUUGUAGAGCAGGUGUCCAGAACACAAAGACAAAAAUCCUUUCUACAUCGGACUCGGGUCCCCAACCCUCAGCCAUCUGCUCGAUGUAAUCCCAGUCUCUGUUUCCCAGGUUUCCUCUUCAUCACCAGCUGUCCUAUCGAUAAUGGCCAACAUGUAAUUUAUAAACAGCCACUGUGAUGAGCAUUUAACGUUAUGUUGGUUUGGCAGCUAUUGCGGACUUCUCUGUGCUGAUCCUAUCUGGCACAUGUUGAAACUGUUUUUUUAAAGACAUGUUUAAGGGGCGUUUUCGCCUUUUAUUAUCUAAAGAGAGAGGAGAAGACAUGCAGCGAAGGGUCUAGAGAGUCUGAUACCGAUACCUGGGCUGAGCGUAUCGGCCGAUAUCUGAUACCGAUCCAAUACUACUGUUGAAUGAAUGAAUGAAUGAAUGAACUGUAUACCUUGCCCUGUGAGUGAAGGCAUCAGGCUUGACAUUAGCCUUGUUAAAAAAAAAAGGUAACAAAUUAACACAGAUAUAAAUUUACUUUAUAUUAUUUAUUAACAAAUUGCACAUUAGCACACAGCAAAACGAAGUAAGACUGUAUAUAUUUAGUGCAAAAAGGAUAGACAGACAUACAAUACAGAGCGAACAAAAUCGCUGUGUUGCUAUGUAUGUAUAUUACUUUAAAAAAGACUGGAUCGGCGUCUUUCAUCAGUAUCCAAUCCAGUUAAUUUGUCAACAUCGGAGCCGACUUCCAAAUAUCAGAUCAGUGCAUCCCUAAAAGGGUCGCAGCUGGGAAUCAAACCUUUGUGACAAGGUUUACAGCCUCUAUAUUUUCAGCACUUUUUUGUAUCUUUCAUCUGAGCACUUCACUUCACUCGGGGAGAAAAAGCCACAACAGCUUUCUGCAGUCGUAAACAAAAACAGGCUCUUACAAGCCGAAAACGCAGGUCUAUGGUUCGAGUGGAGUGCUACACCAGCUCCGCUCUGUCACUACAUGUCCCCAUCUCUCAGCGCUCCGCUCUUUCUGCCUCUGUCAGACAGUCAGUUCUCAUACUCGUAAGAGAGAACGACACAUUCAUCUGUCUGUCUGUAUCAAUUACGUCUCCCCCUCUGUCUGGUCCCAUAGGAGUACUUGAAAAGUCUCGGCAACCGCGAGUGCAGCCCGCAGACGUUUCUGGAAAACAGCGGCAGUUUAGAUAAGCUCCUCAUCAUCAUUCAGAACGAGGACAUCGCCGCACAUGUGCACAAGGUAGGAGCGUUUCCUGCAGACUCCUUCGCAUCAUUGUUAUACCUCAAUCUGUGCUUCAGCAGAAAUUACGGCGCAGUGGAACUAAUACGACAAGUUUCAAUUUGAAUAGUAAUAGAGGAAAUCUUGUCGCUUCUCUCCGCAGAUUCCAGCUCUGGUGUCUUUGAAGAAACUGCCGGCAGUGAGCUUUGCCGGGGUGGACACUCUGGAUGACGUCAAGAACCACACUUAUAACGAGCUGUUUGUGUCCGGUGGCUUCAUCGUGUCGGAUGAGUUCGUCCUCAACCCUGACCUUAUUACAACGGGUGAGUUUUAUUUCGCUCCUCUCUGAGAAUAUUCAUCAGCAGGACGAGUUUUCUGAGCCUGUGCUGCUCGUUUUUUCUUUUUUCGCAGAUCGUUUGCAGGGACUGCUCAAGUUCAUAGAGGAACAGAGCACUCCUGAACACCCAUGGCAGUGGAAGGUGCACUGCAAGUCCCAAAAGAAGCUUAAAGAACUUGGCAGGUCAGGAUUUUAUUUCAUCUCAUUUUCACUUUUUUUUUUUCGAAUAUGUGCGUGCAACACCAAAAGUAAACUGAAAACAAACAUAACAGGUGAGAAUUUUCAAAAUAACAACAAUAAUCAAAGCAAAAAAAUAAAACUUAAAAAAAUACGUAUAUAUAUAUAUAUAUAUAUAUAUAUAUAUAUAUAUAUAUAUAUAUAAAAAAUAAUAACAAUGCAAACCCAACAAUAAUAAUAAUAAUAGAUUUUAUUUGUAACACACUUAACAUUUGAAAACAAAUCUCAAAGUGCACAGCAAAAAACAGAAAAAAAACCCCCAAAAAACACAACAAUAACAGUAAAAUCAAGCAACAGGGCAACACAAUAAGAAGAGUCAGCAGAUAAAAUCAGAUAAAAUUAGUCCGGGUAGGCUUUCCAAAAUAGGAAGGUUUUGAGUCCCAUAAGGAGUAGGAUGAAGCAUUAUGCUUUUUUUCAAACCUACCACUUCUCCUAUACUCAAUAAUAUCAGUCAGUCUCCAGCUAAAUUAAAUUAUAUUAUCAAAAAAAUAAGAAUAAAUAAGUACAUUAAUCAUUUGUGAAAACACCCGAUAGUUAAUGCCCUUCUUCCUCCCUGUACCUGGUGAGAACCAUCUUUUUGUACCUUUUUAAACUGGGUAUUUUCUCUUUAAGGCAUGCACAAUAAUCUGAAGUGUGUUUUGACUGAUUCAUCUGUAAACGCACAUCCUUAAACUUGAUGGAUUUGUAUCUGUCGUUCUCUUUUAAGGUUGAACACCAACGCCAUGGGGCUGCUGAAUCUUCUCACGGUCUAUCAGAAAAAGCACCUUGUGGAGUUCCUCCCGUACCAUGAGUGUGACACCCAGUCGCGGCAGGCUCCAGACCUGGAGUGCCUGAUCAAGCUCCAAGCGCAGAAUAUACAGCAGCGGCACCUUAUCUUCCUCACAGGUAUUUUCACCCUCGUCACUCUGAACUGAAGCCGCAUGUUUCCAGCUUUCUAUACCGUUUGAUUGUUAAAAAUAUGAUCUUUUUUUCAUUUUUCAGAGAGACCAUUUGAGAUGUUUCUACAAUACUCCAGGAAUGGGAUAGUCAUUGGGAGCAUUGACGAUGUCAUGAGUGGUUUCCACAGCCUGAUUGGCUCAAUUAAUCAGAACGAGCUUCCAACACCGCCUUCUACUGGUGGGUAGCAUUAAUUGCAGAGCUAAAUCCCCUAAACAUGAGGGAUUUCCUGACAUUUUGCUGCAGUAUGAAAGCUGAUUUUAUUUUUUUUUGAUCUUUAGAGUUCUCUCUCCCGUUAAAGCCGCCUGUGCUUCCCCGCACAGUUUGAUGCUUUUAACGUGUCUGUAACACAUUUGUUCACAUCUGAUGAUAUCUUUUUUUUCCAUUCUCCGUCUCUACCCUCUUCUGCUCUCUCAGUAGUGAAUGAUGAGUGUGUGGAGGAGGAAGACAUGUCAUUAGACUCGGAUGAUGGUGAGCCACCCACCAUGUCAGAAGCCUCUGAGCGGAAACAGGGCAGCGAUAAAGGGAAACCUCCACAGCCGCCCCCACCUGAGAGUGACGAGUUUCGUCCUCCACUCCCAGACCAGGCCACUCCCGAUAGAACGCCCACGCUCUCUGACUACAGCGCUCUCAAAACAGCCAUCUCUCAGUUCAAAGCUUCAAACCAGAUAGGCAUCAGCUCUUCAGACCUCGGCAGCUUGUCCCCUGGAGGUUUCCCUGUGAAUCCUCAUCAGAGCUUCCUGUGCCCUUCAGCUUCGUGGUCAUCCUACACCGGUUCAUCCAGCUACGCGGCCUCCCCCGCUUAUCCUGCGUCACCCUGCAGCAGCACCCAGGACCAGGAGUAUCGCCCCGUCGCCUCCAACACAGUCCCGACGCCUCCUGUCAUGGCCACACCAGGACCUCUCGCCAACCUGGCUUCUCUUCCCUUGGAGGUCAAACCUCCCCCUCCCCCUCACCUCAUGAUGCUUGGCCACACGUACGGCUCCGACAUCGGAGGAGCUGGUACCGCUGGGAACUCUCCUCUCCCCACUUCCCUCCCCUACACAGACCAUACUGACUCACCCAAGCCCGGUUACAUGGCUGGCAGUGCUAACCAGACUCCCACGUUACAGGAAAGGACACUUAGUGGACCUGGGGAGGGAGUGUGGGGGGCAGCAGGGACCAGCACUUGUGAGACUGCUAGCAGCCAGGGUAAAGUCACAUCUGGCCCAUUGGACCCCAGUGGGCUCCUUAAGACUGGAGAAAUCCUUGGUGGCAGCACCCCUCUGAAUCAGGGGUGCAGGACUCAGGUGAACUGCACUGACAACCUUGGACCUUCUGCUGGAGUCCCCCCAAUUGCCAGCAGGGGGGGAUCAGUAAUCAGACCUAAGCUGCCUCCUCACCUCAUGGGCUAUGGUAGUAUAGGUGGCAUUCAUGGACAGAUGGAUCACGGACCUAUGAGGGGGGGUAUGGGAUUUCGAGGGAGAGGACCCCCACCUGUAGGACUUUGGCCUCGGCCAGGGCGAGGACAUGAUCGAGGGGGUGGGCCUGGAGGUGGACCCUGCUCAUGGGGUUACCCAGGUGGCAGGGGCGGGGGUCGGGAUUACUAUUCAGACUAUUCAUACCCACACAGUUACGCCCCUGAAUAG